GACACAUCUUCACAUUUUAGUCUUUCGUUCACAUUCUGAAUCCGCUCAUCUCUUACUCCCACAUUGCCUUUCUACCACCCAAGGCCAAUAGCCUUUCCUUAUUUAACAAUAGGGAAUAGCAUACCCCCACAGACGCUCAAUAGAUACGAGGCAAUAGUUUCGUGAAUUCACAAACAUCAAUAUCACUCGAACGACAUAAUAUAUAUCUGUACUAGUUUCCAACUCACUCACGAUGACUUCCACUCCCAAGGGCCCGAAGGCUCCCAUUGCUAACUUCCGCACAUACGAGGCACAAGCCCGCCUACUCGCAGCGGUCAUAGCUACAGCCAAACCUAAGCUCAACUUCACCGCCAUUGCAAAGCACAUCGGUUCAGAUGCAUCACCGCACUCGGUGGACCACCGAUUGCGCCCGAUGAAACAGUUGGCGAGACUUCAAGCGAAGUACGUCGAGGAGGGCAAGGAUCCCGCGGACUUGCCUGUUGACAAAGCCGAGAUCCACAAGCUCUUCGGUGAGUCCACUCCUGGUGGCCUCGAGUUUCACUUUCGCGAGGCAAAGGCUACAGGUCUCGCUCAGCAGGAUGCUGUCAAAGCAGGCGAAGAUCCCACUCGGGUCCCUGUCGGCCCGCAGACUCGCCAUGUCGCUGCAGCUGCGAAGGCCAAGGCUCGUGGUCAAAACUCUGUGCCCAGCACGCCGUCAACCUCACGCAAGCGAAAUGCAUUAAAGAGCGGUGCUGCCACCACUGGUGGUCGUGUUCGAAAGCAGCAGCGUAUCCACGACUUGACCGAAGAUGACGUUGAUUCGAUCGAGGAAGAUUUUGACGAGCUGGACCAGGACACUCCCAGCAAGCACUUUCCCCGCAGUGCCAGAAACCCGGCGUAUGCUGUUAACAACAGCACCACGAACUCCGAAACCGAUCUGACUCUGCCCACUCCGCGGCCCUAUGCUCAAGUUCAGCGUGAGAACCAGGCUCGUGCCCGAGCUGAGUUUCGAGGAACUGAUUCCCACGGUCAGCCCUAUGGCUCCAGCACCGGCUUUGGUGCCGAAAGCUCUCAUCAUUCUGAGCCUCGCAUGAACAAUCAUGCCACUCACCAUCAAAGCAACUUUGAAGCUUCCAGUCAGACCUGGACAACUGCUCCUGCCAACGCUUCUUUCUAUUCUGAUUCCCAAGCUCGUAAUAACGACGAGUUCCAGAUUCUGGAUGACCCGCAAUUCUCAUUCCCCAAUCCCAACCGAAACCACACCGGCAAUGGCGGUGGCAAUCGUGCUCCUGUCCCGGACUUUGCGGGCAUUAAGAAGGACCCCUUCGAGACAUCGGGCACCGACAGCGACGUCGUGGACUUGACUCAGCCCCCUGGACAUGACCAGGCACUUGGUCGCGUCGCUCAGCCCGUACUGUCGUACUCCCAGGACAGCAACCAGGGCUGGAAGAUGCCUCCUCAUAGCUACCAGUACGAUGAUGGCGACUAUGGCGAUGGCGAGAUCUGAUUGUCAACAGAAGCGAUGCUCACAAGUGCAUUUCAUGGGAUUUAGUAACGGUGUAUGCGAGUCGUUAUGUGGAUGACCGCCAGUCUGUUGCCAGUAUUUGACUGGUUUGUGGUUCACUAAUAUUAGUUUUCUCUUUUUCUCUUUGUUCUGGGGUUUACUUCCCACUUCUCGAUCGACGAAUAUUGAUGAUCGUUCUAUAUA